AUGGAUGUUACAAUAUGUGUACCGGAUGACUACUCUUACGUGGAUGAUCGAUACUUUUUCGCAACUCUGAAUGUCCAAGUUGUUGCACUUUGCUCGGAAUUGGAUGAUCAACCGUUGGAAGUCCGUCGCAUCCUAAGCGAUGACACUUUGCCAAAUGUAUCCAUCACUCGCCCCGGUUCCCCUCUUCUCAGAUGUCAUGGUUUUGGGAUUAUUCGAGCUAUAGAUACGGAUAAGAAGGUAUUUUAUGUACUGUCUCCUGUACCUCUCGUGGAACUAGCCAAGGUCACGGUAUUAGCGAGAGGAACAGACGUGUUGGUGCCCCAACUUCUUUUAGAGUGUCAGCCGACUGCAAACGUUCCGUAUCUGUCUCGUCCUGCUCUUGCCACCGCAUCCGGGAUUAUCUCUGAUCUUUACGGUGGACUGAAAAAUAUCAGGCACGGGAGGCGAGAAUACUUCCCAACUGCCAGUCAAAACGUUAUCACAAUUUCAUUCACAACCUCAUUCAUUCUUCUCCCAUUCCCGAGUUGGUGCGCAAACGAACGUAGCAGGUAUAUCAAUUUCCCAUUUUCAAAAAUGGGUGGUGCAAUAACACGUCUGCGAAUGCUAUGGUUCGGUCGUAAGCCUUGCCGCAUUCUAAUGGUUGGCCUGGAUAACGCUGGAAAAACGACGGUAUUAUACAAGCUUAAACUUGGCGAAGUCAUAACAACGAUUCCAACAAUUGGUUUCAACUUGGAAACGGUAGAAUAUCGAAAUGUUUCAUUUACUGUAUGGGACGUUGGUGGACAACAACGAAUACGUGCCCUAUGGAAGUACUAUUUUCGCGACACUGAGGCCCUCAUCUUUGUUGUUGACAGCGCAGAUGUUGCGCGUAUGGAUGAGGCACGUCAAGAAAUCCAUUCUCUAGUUGAUGAUCCAGAAUUACAUGAUGCUGUAUUACUGGUAUUCGCAAAUAAACAGGACAUGCCAAAUGCUAUGAAUGCAGCAGAAAUCUCGAAAGUUCUCGAUUUGCAUGCAAUAAAGGAUAGGGAGUGGUAUGUGCAAUCAUCAAAUGCCAUUACUGGAGAAGGACUUGUGGAAGGCCUUGAAUGGCUUCAUUCUAUUGUUAUCAACAAGUAG